AAACCACUCUAGAGUUAGACCUAGAAACUAUUAAUGUGAAAGUGAUACGUUACAAUUCAAAAGUGAACUAAUCCUUAUUCACUGAUCUUGUGAAAAAACUAUUUGAUAAACAUAGUGAAUCUAAAAGCUGAUGUUAGAUAGACUUAAAACACUUAUAUUAAAAACACAGGGGCGUAUUGUAAAUGAUAUAGGAGUACAUAAAAUAGUAGUAUUACGAACAGUAGAAUUGUAAAAGCUACAUCAAGAACGAUUUCAAUUUGAGUAACUACCGAACUUUUCUGGUGUGAUAAAGUUAAGGACAAGUUAGAUAACCAUGGCUGGAAUGGAUAUCUUUGCGUCUAGGAUGGCCGAAGGAAUUGUGGAAGAUGGAAAGUGUCAAUGGCUCAAAGGAUGGCAGAGGAGACUUUCGACAAUUCUCAAUAAUCCUAAUCUUCACAUUGCGGUCACCUGUCUUGCAAUUGCAGAUGCUACAUUCCUUGUAUGUCAACUAAUCAUUGAUCUCAUCAUAGUUAGAGAAAUGUUUCGAACGAAUGUUGACCAUACUAAAACGAUUUCAUUCACUCUAAACGACACUUACUACCCCGAUUUUGCUUGUUUUGGAGGAGAUCACUAUGACACUGGCAGUGUAGAAGACUUGGUCUCAUUUCUCAAUUAUGAUGACCAUAGCGAUGGAAACCACGGAAAUGGGCAUCACAGAAAGCGACGAGAUGAUGGAACUGAAGUACAGGAUAACAGACUUUUGUCGCCAAUAUUUGCGGCUAAUCGGAAUCUCCCCUUUGAGCUACAUCUUCAACAAUUCUGUGCUGGAAUAGCAAUACCAGCUCAAAAUGAUUCAGAAACACCAACAGACGUCCCAAUAAACAAGAUAAGAAGAUCUGCCAGACGUGCUGCGGACAAUGACAAUGAUGUAGAACACCCUUCUUUUGAAUAUAAUAACACUGAUAAGCAACGCAGUAAUCAUGAGACAGGGCAUGGUAAUGAAUUGUGCCCCAAUGUGACAACACACAAGAAAGAAAACCACUAUGUUUUAUUGCAAACUGUUUCGAAUAUAUUCGGUUUUGGAAGCCUUGUUCCCCUCACCAUAAUGGUUGUAGAGAAAAUGGUUAGAUUGUUUGCUUUUGGCAAAACAUUCUUCAAAAAUAAACUCCAGGUAUUCGACACUGUGGUUUUACUGCUGAUCUGGGUAUUAGACUCUGUUCUUCUUGAUGGCAUCUGGGCGCGGAGCAUGGUUGACAGUGCCCUGACCCUAAUCGUUAUUUUGCCUUGGAGAGUCAUUCGUAUCGUCAACUGUUUUGUAAUGACAUUUAAACAGAGAUACAAGAUUCGCAUUCGACUACUUGAGGAGAAGACCGACGUCGCUGAGAAGAACGCUGGGGAGUCCGUUUCUAAAAUGCUCACAAUCCAGAAAGAGAUUAAACUUCUUCAAGAUUUGGCAAAGAUACGCGGUGCUUCUCAGGAGGAUAUCACGAAAUGCAACGAAUCUGCAAAUGAUUCCUUGAGGCGAAAAAAGGGUAUGUACCUAAAGAGUCUGUCUGAGAUCACCUCUCUCCUGGGCUCAACAGUGGCUUCUCCACUAAAUACAGAGGUUUUGGAGGAUAAAAUAGAUGAAGAAGUGAAGCUUGAAGAUGGUGGUACAUCGGCCAAUGCGUACAGGUUUGUGUUACCGCAAAAAGGUGAAGGAGGAACCACAGUCAAAUCGGACGCUGGGGAAUCAUUUAAUGAAAUGUGUCAGCUAAUAGAACAUACAGCGGAAAUAUAAACGUAUUCCAAAAGUGCUACGUGGCCGUGCAAAGUAAAAAGGGAAUUUCCACAUAAAAUCCAUAUCUAGAACAACAGAAACAAAUCCAAACAAAUAUUAAUUGUUGGUUAAUUGUAUAUAUAGAUGUCUCUGUCAAUAAAUUGUUUGGGUCACAAGUUAUGGCCAUAUUUGUCGUAUAAAAUAUAAUUUUGUGCAUGGAUA